AUGUACAUAUGCCUGUGCCUAAUUGAAAACAAACCAGACGAUCCUCAUCGAGACUGGAAAACUUACUUUGGCGUAAUAGUGGUAGAUGCACACAAACCUCUUUUCUUUGGUGAAGGUACAAUUUUGCGUCAGGUUGACACUCGAACAGGAUCGUUAAAAGUGGGCACGCAUAUGGGACCAUUACAACCUGGUCAAGUCUAUAGUGGCGGAUCGAGUGAUGUAUUUACUGAACUUAUAGGAGCUAAAGGUAAAGAUGUUUUGUACAUAGGCGAUCAUAUCUUUGGCGAUAUUUUAAAAUCAAAAAAGAUUCGUGGUUGGAGAACAUUUCUGGUCGUUCCUGAAUUAGUUCACGAGCUACAUGUUUGGACAGAUAAAUGUCAACUUUUUGAAGAUCUUCAAAAUUUAGAUGUGAUGCUCGGAGAUGUCUACAAAGAUUUGGAUUCAAGUAAUAAAGAAAAACCGGACAUAAGCAAACUUCGUAAUUCCAUAAGAGACGUUACACAUAAAAUGGAUUUAGCAUAUGGCAUGAUGGGCUCUCUGUUUAGGUCCGGUUCACGACAGACCUUCUUCUCAUCUCAGGUCGUAAGAUAUGCAGAUCUGUAUGCGGCAACAUUCUCUAAUUUGAUUUACUACCCCUUCUCAUUCAUGUUUCGAGCGCCAUCAAUGCUUCUUCCACAUGAAUCAACUGUAGCACACGAGCAAAGCUUUAUUAUGGAUCCCAAGAUGGUAUCAUCGAGAACAAGAAACGCGAACGACUUGGAUAAUACAGCUACGCCCGGAAAGAUAUUGGAACGCAUGAAUUCGCAGAUUCCGCAUCAUAGACCAGAAACACCACGCUCCGUAACUCAUAACCACGAUGAAGAUUGUUCGGACGAUGAAGACAAAAAAUCGCUCGACAAGAAUCAAGAGAAUUGAAUAUCUAUUCUAUUUCGAAAAUAAAUGCUUAUCAAAUAGUAUAUUUAUUAUGCAAGGAAAGAUGAAAUAGAUUCAAUUUCUUGAUUUCUACAAAU